CGAGACACCAAGAUUAAUGGGUUCCAGACCGUGCAUCAUAUUCCUUUUGAUUGUCUCAUUGGCCGGAGGGGCCUUGUCAUGCUUCUGUGAUCACUAUCCAUGGACUUCCUGGUCUAGCUGUUCUAAGACGUGUGAUCAUGGGACCCAGAGCAGAUCAAGGACUAUUUCCUAUGAUGAUUACUAUUGGAAACAUAACUGUGGCGGAUUGUGCACAAUGCGUGAGACCAGAUCAUGCAAUGAACAGUCCUGUCCAAUCAACUGCAAGCUCGGGGAUUUUGGUUCUUGGUCUGAUUGUGAUCCCUGCCUUAAAAAACAAUUUCGUACACGGUCACUGGAACGUCCCUCCCAGUUUGGCGGGGAAGGCUGCACAGAAGCAUUGGUUGAAUCGCGGAUAUGUGUCCCUGCGAAACUAUGCAAAAUAGAGCAGUUGGACUGUUCUGGGAAAUUUCAGUGCGUCUCAGGUCGAUGUAUCCCCUUCAACCUUAAGUGUAAUGGAGAUAAUGACUGCGGGGACAAUUCAGAUGAAAGAGUGUGUCGAAAAAGAGAACCACAGAGAAGCUUUGAGCCCAUUCCUGGCAUCCAGUUAAUGGGAAAUGGAUUUAAUUACUUAUCUGGGGAAAGCAGGGGAGAAGUCCUGGAUAACUCUUUUUUUGGUGGAAAAAUGGAUAAAGUUUAUGGGAACGGCACUGGACAGAAUAGGAAGUUAUAUCGCCUUUCUGCCAACCUUGAUACCUUUAAAUUUGAGCUGAGAAAUGAAGAGGAUGAUGCCGUGCCCACUUUUUACAACAGCCUGAUUGACUUUGAUAAGGAAAACAGCAGGACGGGGUCAUCUCAGUCAUCAAGACGGGGCUCUGCUGGGAUUCCCUUGUUAUUCCACAGAAAGAGCAACACAAGAAUUACUUCAUCGUCAUCCUUCAGAGAAGCCGCACAAGCCUCCCGUAAACAGAGUUCUAAAUUUAUAAGAAUCAAUAAAGUGAUCUCGGUGUCAGACUUCACAAUGAAGAAGAACAAUCUCUGGCUAUCGGAUGUCUUCCUAAAGGCACUUAAUAACCUACCUCUGGAAUAUAACUAUCCUCUUUAUAGCAGGAUAUUUGAUGAUUUUGGGACUCAUUACAUCAUGGCUGGCUCAAUGGGUGGUUCCUAUGACCUUCUCUUUCAGUAUAGUUCUGAAAAUUUGAAAAGUUCAGGUUUAACCAAUCAAGAGUCACUUGAAUGUGUCAGGACUGAAAUUACUUACCGAGUGUUUUUUAGAAAGAAAAGAAAAGUCCGAGAGUCGUGUACAAGGAACAAGAUGUCUGAGCGCUAUGAAGGUUCAUUUGUGCAGGCAUCAGAAAAAUCUAUUUCUCUAAUAAAAGGCGGGAGGGCAGAGUAUGCUGCAAAAUUAGCAUGGCAGAGGCAAGAAACACUUCCAGAAAACACUGUGUUUGAAGAGUGGGUAAAAUCAACCAUUGACAAUCCAGUUGUUGUAGAUUUUGAGCUAGCACCAAUUCUGGAUUUAAUUACUGGUAUCCCAUGUGCCGUGACAAAGAAACGCAAUCUCCAGAAAGCAUUUGCCAAAUAUUUGGAGACCUUUGACCCAUGCAUCUGCGCACCCUGCCCAAAUAACGCCAGGGUUGUCCUAUCAGGCACUGAGUGUCUGUGUAUCUGUCAGCCUGGGACAUAUGGAGAUAACUGUGAAAAGAGGACUCCAGACUACACAUCAGUUGUAGUUGAUGGUGCCUGGGGCUGCUGGAAAGCAUGGAGCUCAUGUGAUGGAGCCUUUACCAGAAGAAGGACAAGGGAAUGUAACAACCCCUACCCGCGUAAUGGAGGAAAGCCUUGUGAGGGCGAGGCAACGCAGGAAGAAGACUGUAAUAUCUCACUGUUUGAAGAUACAGGAGCCCUGUGUAUUAAUGAAGGAGAUAAAAAGGAAACUGAUCGGGUACAACCUGAGCAUGACACUGGAUGCCCUAAACCUGAUCUGCUCGGGAUUGCCUUUCUUACAAAUGAAAAGAACUGGUACGAUGUGGCGGAACAGAUUGAAAUCGCUUGUGUAUCAGGAUAUGAACUAUCUGGAUAUCCAUUCCUAAGGUGUCUGCCUGAUGGAACAUGGAAGCAAGAAGAUGUAGAGUGUGUUAAAACAACAUGUCCCAGGCCAAAAGCAUCGGAAGAUAUAACAAUAUACCACUAUAAAACUGAUUACAAAGUUGGAGAAAGCAUCCAUGUGAGCUGUCCCCGUGACUUUGUCGUUGUUGGUUCAGCCCGCUACACCUGCGGCAGGGACCUUGAAUGGAACCCACCCAUUCUCAGACAGCUUACCUGUGGAAAAGAGACGCAGAAGGUAAUACAAGGGAACUGCAAACCAGGACAGAAGCAGAUGGGCUCCGAUUGUAUAUGUAUGUCUCCUGAGACUGACUGCGGGCAUUUUACUGAAGAUCUCUGCAUUUUGGAUGCUGUUACUCAGAAUCCAGUUACCAUAUCCCGUUGCAAAUUUUUGGCUGAAAACUGCCUGGGCCAUAAAAAGCUGCAAUUUCUGGAUAACGGUCCCUGCAAAAGAGACCAAUUGGACUGGUACCGUACCCGGGUGUCUCUGGCUGUGAGCAGCACAAAGAAGGAGCCUUGCGGAUAUGAUUUCUGCUAUGACUGGGAGCAGUGCUCAGGGUCCGAGUGCUUCUGCUUACUUCCACCCCAGUGUCCCCCUAACUCUGAAGUACAAUACUGUGCCAAGGUUGGAUCUGCAGGAAAACAAAGGACCAUCAGUCUCUGUUCAUUGGGUGCCAUCAAAUGCGCCAGCAUCAAGGUUGAAGUAUUAUAUGACGGUGCCUGCUCAACAACAAACUGAUCCAACGACAGGGACCAUGUUUUUUUUUUUCUGAGCAACUGGAUUAAACAUACUGUAAUAUUUUUAUAUUGAGUUGAAUUACAUUAUUUAGAAGAAAAUACAAAAUACACUAUAUUGUCAGAAAAUGACCCUUUGGCCAAACAAUCAAAUCACAACAACAGGGAUAAUGGCCAUGGGGCCGAGGACCACAUCAACAUGCCGAUGCAGUCCUUGAUCCGAUGGCAAAAUCAAGCUUCCAUGAUUGUCAUCUGCUUGAUUUUAAGCCAGAUUUCAGUCGAGCAGACCUGUCAGAGAGCCCCAUUUAAGAACAGAUAAGCUCACGAAUUGGUCUGAAGGACCUGAACAGACAGCUUAACCUGCCCGUGUAUGGCCCCCUUUACAAUCUACCUAUCACUGUAAUCUGUACUUUCAAAACGUAUGAAUAAAUACCAUUUUUAUAUGCUGAAA